GGCCGGCAGGCGGGCAGCGGCCGCCUGGCUUGCUGCGGCGGGGCAGCAAGCGAGCCCCGAGCCCUGCUGCCUGGCAUAUGCCCCUGCCCUGGCUGGCAUAUGGGGACGCGGGGCGGGGAGGGGAAGAGGGGUGCUCUCCCCUCCCCCAGCCCAGCAGCGGCGGAGGGCCCCGUUGCCAUGGUGAACGAGGAAGCAUCCCUGCGCCGCCGCCGCCAGCAGCCCCGCCAGCAUGGCAGCUGGACGGAUGGUGAGUGUUGUACCUGGUGAUCCUCUUCAGACCCACUAGCCAUGCCAGGGAUUGUGGUGUUCCGUCGCCGCUGGUCUGUAGGCAGUGAUGACCUUGUUUUACCAGCCAUCUUCCUCUUCCUUCUUCAUACCACAUGGUUCAUAAUCCUUUCUGUGGUGCUCUUUGGACUGGUAUACAAUCCCAAUGAGACCUGUUCUCUUAACCUUGUGGACCACGGCAGAGGCUAUCUGGGUAUUUUGCUCAGCUGCAUGAUAGCAGAAGUCGCAAUCAUCUGGCUCAGCAUGCGCGGCAGCAUCCUGUACACAGAACCCCGAGAUUCGAUGCAGUAUGUGCUGUACGUCAGACUAGCCAUCCUGGUGAUUGAGUUUGUCUAUGCUAUUGUGGGCAUUGUUUGGCUAACCCAGUACUACAGCUCCUGCAAUGAUGUUACUGCCAAGAGUGUCACUUUGGGAAUGGUCGUCUGCAACUGGGUCGUCAUUCUGAGUGUUUGCAUCACUGUCUUAUGCGUCUUUGACCCAACAGGACGGACUUUUGUCAAACUGCGAGCCACAAAAAGGAGACAACGUAACCUGAGGACAUACAAUUUGAGGCACCGUUUGGAGGAGGGACAGGCAAGCAGCUGGACUCGGCGGCUCAAGGUUUUCCUCUGCUGCACACGGACAAAAGAUUCCCAGUCAGAUGCCUAUUCUGAAAUUGCAUAUCUCUUUGCUGAGUUUUUCCGAGAUCUUGACAUAGUCCCAUCGGAUAUCAUAGCAGGCCUAGUGCUCCUACGCCAACGGCAGAGGGCAAAACGCAAUGCAGUGCUUGAUGAAGCAAACAACGAUAUUCUAGCCUUCUUGUCGGGAAUGCCAGUAACCAGGAACACCAAAUAUCUGGAUCUGAAAAACUCACAAGAGAUGCUACGAUAUAAAGAGGUCUGUUACUAUAUGCUAUUUGCAUUGGCUGCUUAUGGCUGGCCCAUUUACUUGAUGAGGAAGCCUACCUGUGGACUCUGCCGCCUGGCCAGAUCUUGCUCAUGCUGCUGCUUCUGCCCCACUCGGCCCCGCUAUGCACCUGGUGUUACUAUUGAAGAAGAUAAUUGCUGUGGCUGCAAUGCUAUCGCCAUCCGUCGCCACUUCCUUGAUGAAAAUCUGACAUCUGUGGACAUUGUGUAUACUUCCUGCCAUGAUGCGGUCUAUGAAACUCCUUUUUACGUUGCUGUAGAUCACGAAAAGAAGAAAGUGGUGAUUAGUAUCCGAGGAACUUUGUCUCCAAAGGAUGCUCUGACUGAUCUGACUGGAGAUGCUGAGCGCCUCCCAGUAGAAGGUCACCAUGGAACGUGGCUUGGGCACAAGGGGAUGGUGUUGUCUGCUGAGUACAUCAAAAAGAAAUUGGAGCAGGAGAUGGUGCUCUCUCAGGCCUUUGGGCGUGAUUUGGGCAGAGGAACAAAACAUUAUGGCCUGAUUGUGGUUGGCCACUCCCUAGGGGCAGGCACAGCUGCUAUUCUGUCCUUUCUGCUGCGUCCACAAUACCCAACUCUAAAAUGCUAUGCCUACUCUCCCCCCGGUGGGCUCUUAAGUGAAGAUGCGAUGGAGUACUCCAAAGAGUUUGUGACUGCAGUUGUACUGGGCAAGGAUCUAGUCCCCAGGAUUGGCCUCUCACAACUGGAGGGAUUUCGUCGGCAGCUUCUUGAUGUUCUCCAGAGAAGUAACAAACCAAAGUGGAGAAUUAUUGUGGGUGCAACAAAGUGUAUACCCAAGUCUGAGCUCCCUGAAGAGCCUGAAGCGAAUUCGGUGACCAGUAACCGCCUCUGGACCCAUCCCAGUGACUUAACCAUUGCCCUAUCAGCCAGCACACCACUCUACCCUCCUGGACGCAUCAUCCAUGUUGUUCACAAUCACCCUGCUGAGCAGUGCUGCUGUUGUGACCAGGAUGAACCCACCUACUUUGCCAUUUGGGGAGACAACAAAGCAUUUAAUGAAGUGAUAAUUUCCCCAGCAAUGCUACAUGAACACCUACCAUAUGUGGUCAUAGAGGGUCUUAAUAAGGUCUUGGAGAAUUACAACAAGGGCAAGACAGCCUUGCUUUCUGCAGCCAAAGUGAUGGUGAGUCCUACGGAAGUGGACCUCAAUCCGGAAUUAAUCUUCCAGAAUCAGCCUCUGCCUAGUAGACCUUCUGUGCAGAUUGGAAUUGGAGACAUAGCAGUGGACAGAAGGAACAGCAGCACGAAGAGUAAGGUUCACUCUGAAAUCAGUUUGGAAGGGUUUUAUGAGACCAAGCUUCUGUAUCCAGCGCAGAAGGAUCCUGUGGAAUUCCUGCUUCUAGACACCAAGGAGCGCCUGUCAGUAGAACUGCAGGACCGGCGUGCUCCUCUGGCUACUAUGGAGAGCCUGUCUGAUAAUGAAUCCAUCUAUAGCUUUGAUUCAAGGCGCUCCUCUGGCUUCCGUAGCAUCCGUGGCUCACCCAGCCUCCAUGCUGUCAUGGAGAAAGAUGAGACUCACUGUUUUUAUAUUGACCCAGCAAUCCCUGAGGAGAAUCCCUCCCUCAGCUCACGGACAGAACUGCUUGCUGCUGACAGCCUCUCCAAACAUUCCCAGGAGACUCAGCCUCCUGAGGCCCUGCACAACAGUGGUGGCACCACUCCUCAGUGGCGAUGCAGUGAUGAAGGGGCUGGCAGCGAUAUAGACCAUGUUUCCAUCACUCCUCAGGAGGAACUGACCCUCCAGAAUGGGCGGCUCAGUGAUGCCCCCAGCCCACAAGUGUUGGAGUUUGCAGAAUUUAUAGACAGCCUCUUUAAUCUGGACAGCAAAAGCAGCUCCUUCCAGGACAUCUACUGCAUGAUGGUAUCAGACAGUGCCAAUGAUUUUUCUGAGAUGCCCAAGUCUGUCAGUGAUCAGGAGAUCCUGCUAAGAGCACAGUAUGAGCCAAACUUAGUCCCAAAGCCCCCCAGGUUAUUUGCAGGCUCAACAGAUCCCUCCUCAGGCAUAUCCGUUUCCCCUUCUUUUCCUCUGAGUUCUUCUGGAGAGCUUAUGGACAUCACUCCCACAGGCAUGAGUAGCCAGGAAUGUCUGGCCACUGACAAAAUCCGGACUUCCACUCCCACUGGCAGUGUGACCAGCCCUGCCAAACAAGAGGACCUUGUGAUCUCAGCCCUUUAGUACUGGAGAGAAGGAGAAUGAGGCUCAACUAGCCAAUCCCAUACACUGAAUUAUGGGAUAACACUUGGAGGAGCUGGUCACUAGGCAGAUGAGAGUGGGGGAAGGUGCAUGGGGAGGGGUGGUAUCCCUUCCCAGGUGCUACAUUAAUGGCACCCCAGUGGAUGUCAGCAUGAAGGAUGCCACAUCUUGAGUCACGUUCUUUAGUUAGGGAGCAAAUCACUGCCUAACUCAGCCUGCUGCUUUUCGAGGGCCUUGUUCACUGAAGUUAGAUGGUUGGUUUCCCUACCUCAGCAUAUCUGAUUAAACAGGGAGGAAGAAUCCUUGCCUUUCCUGCUGGAAUUAGGAAGUGACUGUCCACAGGCUAGAGGACCAGAGUUACAGAAGCUGAGGGGCCAGAUGAUGUCCAUGUACUUAUGUCAGAAGCAAGGAAAUUGUGACUUUGGGCCCUAUUGCACUAGCGCAUCAUAUUUGACCCAAGCACCUGUUCAUCAGUGUCAUCAUUGUGAAAGGGUUUUUGUUUGUCUUGCUUUGGGAUUUUGAUUUUUAAAUCAGGCACAUUCUCCUGUUAUAAAGCCAUUAAGACUGUGUUCCGUUGAGGGAUACAGCAGCCUACCCCCUGACCCUGACUGGGUACAGUGAGAAUUGGGAUGGGGCUGUGUAUGUUGCUCCCCUGAUUAGAUCUGUGUUCAGUAAUAACCAGACUUCUUCUAAGAAGAAAGAAGGUGCAUGUGCUGGAGAGCUGAGGGCCAUUGCUGUAUAUCCUCACUCACCAAAGGGGUAAGAGGUCUUUUGGGGGAUCACUCACUAUUUCACAGCUCCACAAGCCACUAUAAACUAGAGACAUUCCUGUCCUGUCUGACAUCUCUCUUUGCAUGGAUUACUUGUUUUCAACUAGCUUUGGCUUGUCAAUAUCCUGCAUUAUUUCCCAAGUUCUUGUGGUGUCCGGAGCCACCAUGACCCCAUUCCCAGUCUUUCAUCCAUCUGCAGUGUCAUGGCAGAACACUGCGGGUCUAUCCCCGAGUUCAGGGAUUUUCAUGUAUGUUUACAGAGCUACUAAGCAUUCUGGGAGGUAUUUAUUAAGCAAAUAGGGAAUCUCUACCUGAGUGUUCUCUCUCUAUCUUCCUGUCCCUCCCUCAACAAAGGGCUUGAGGCAGUUGUGGGAUGGACAGGAAGCAUUGUUAUUCCAAGUCCUUAUUAGAAGUGAGGACAGAGUGAUGGGAUUAACCCUGUGUGUAUGCAUCCCUUCACCCACCCUCCUAUCAGGGCCAUAUCAUCAUCACCCAACCACAGUUCAUGAAAUUGCAUCUCAGUCACUAGUACUGCAACUUGGUGCUCAUGACUAAGAUACUUGGUAGUCACAACACCAUGAUGGCUGUGUGAAAUCGCAGGGGUUUUCCAGUAAUGAAAAUAGGAAAAGUAUAUUUACGUAGGAAGUCAAGCACAAUGUGACCCAGAGGAGUCCUUUAUUGUACCAAAACUGUCAUACCAAAAUGUGGGGUUAAUGUGGCACAAGAACUCCUCUUACAGUCCUGUGCAACAUGCAGCAGCUGAGUCAUGCAUUGCAACCUACUAGGCCAUCAGGCCCCCAGGUAAAAUUUCCUGGGCGUUCCAGUAACUGAGUAAUGUACUGAGCAUGGCUUAGAGGCUCGACGUUGGGGAAACCCUCACAUGAGUGAGAGAAUAUCCACUCUUUCGGAUGAUUUUAUUCUGUCACCCAAGGAGACUCUCUCUAGAAUCUGUAGACAGGUUGUCUUGCAUAUUCUACAGGUCUAAGAUUACAACAUUCCUAUGCACGCUUGCUUGGGAACAAAUCUCUUUUAAACUUUGUAGGACUUCCUUCUAAGUAAACAUGCGUAGGAUCAAGCUACAAAUGUGUGGGUGUAAAACAAUAUACACACGUUGGAUUAACGGAAAUGAUGCUACAAUACACAGGGUAUCUAUCAGUGAAUUGUGGUCUAUAGAUUUAAAAUGCUGGUUGUCAACAGAACAGAAAGAUUUUCAUCUUUCUACUUUGAAAUGAGUAAGCAUUGAAAAUUUAGAAGUUUUAAUUUAUAAAAUCCUAAAGUUUAGAACAUAUUAUUGGCUGACAUGAGGCGCACUCCAGCGUGGGUGCUUCUGCCCCACCAGGGCUGCUGUGAGCAUGAAAGGCAGCCCAGGGGUAUUGCAGAGGCAGGCAGUUGCACAACUUCUUAAAACAGUGUGUGGGUACUUGCAUCAUGCUGCUUCCAUAGUUUCCAAUGGAAGUAGCACUACAGACGUGCCUUGGUAGGCCAGAAAUGCCAACUUUGUAGUGCAUGUCAUGUCAUCCAUAAUCAUUAUUUAGGAUUGAUCCAAUUUGUCUUAAUUGUUCAGCUCUUGGGAUGCACCCUUUUUUUCAAAAGUCAGGAAGAAUUGCUGAACUCCAUUUUAAAGUUUAUGUGUAUCUUGCUGAAGAAUUAGUCGCUGCUCAUAGUCACUACAAGAACACUUAUUUUUGGCUCACACUGGUGGUCCUAAGGCAACAGUUAACCAGAGCUAGACAGUGAAGACACAAUGGGAAAGUGUGAGUGGUUGAAGGCCAAUUAAGGAAAGUGUUAAGAUAUUAUUUUUGAGGGAAGCUUAUAAUAAACUGCAAAGUUUAUGAUGACAUGUGAGAUGUCAGGGAUGUCAUAGAGAUUAGGCGGCAGGUACUUGUAGCAGGUUAGGUUCACCAAACUGAGCACGUUGCAUGAGGUACAACCCAGGCAGUCUAUUAAUCUCACAGGAGCACUGCCUUGUGAAUUGAGCUAUGACCCAGUGUUCAUGCUUACUUAGAGCGCUUUAAACUUCAAAGCACUUUACAAAAAAAAGAAAAAAAGAAUGAAUGUUCCCAGCUCUUGUGGGUUAUGGGGGUGUGCGUGUGUGUACAUGUAUGUGUGCAUAGUGGAAAGGGUGAGUGUGUGUGUGAGUGUGUGGAGCAUAUCUACUGUAUUAUUAGAUGGAGGCAGCAUUGUCCCAGGAAAUUUAUGGAGACUAAGUGAAGCCAGUUCCUUGCCUUAGGAGAUGACUUUAGGCUUGGAGAAUGAAGUUCAGAGAUAUUUUGCAGUUGAAGUGGCUUUGUUUGGAGACGGCUAUCAAUUGUUAUUUCAGUGGUGAUCAGAUUGUGAAUGAUGGCUCAAGUUAUUGCACUACAAUGUUGUGCCUGACCCAAGCACCAUUAAUUACAUUGUCAUUGCAUGAGUUUUGUUUUGUUUUCAAAGUUCUUAGAUGGUACCCUAAGAGAGGUUUGUUGUCCUCUUCCUUGUCAGUUGUAGCAGGAAUCAAGCUGUUUUACCUAUGCUUGUCCCAGAUUAUCUCUGUGUUCUGUGACUGUUGGGCUUCUGCCAGGAGGAAGAAAAAUACACUGAUUCUGGUGACCCAUACAUUUUUGCACUAAUCAAGAGAGACUAAAGUAAAAUGGGAGAAAUGACUUGAAGUGUUGGUUUGCUGCAUCACUUCAUUUCACCAUCAUCAUCAUCAUCAUCAUCAUCAUCAUCAUCAUCAUCAUCAUCAUUUUGUCCUAUUUACAACUUCCUUUAUAAAAUUGGUUCUCCUAGCACUUGUAAAUCCAGGAAACACUUCAACACUUCUCAUGUACACUAUUUCAGAUAUAAGGAACAACUAGAAAAUGAUACACUACUGACUUGCCUAUUGAGUUUAAUGCCUAAACACAUUGCUACCUCUUUCACCCACACUGCGUUCUGCUCUUCACCAUAUCUAUAUUCCUUGUGCUCUGAGGACUUGGUUUCAGACUCUUCUUCCUGGCUUGGCUUCUGAGUUCCGUACUUGAGGUGUGGUGUGCCUCUCCCCACUCAAUCAGUGCCUGUUGGUUCGGGGAUAGUCUGGAGCUUCAUUAUGUGGUUGGGUCAGUGCAAGGAGUGCAUCUGAAGCAACAGCCAGUAGCUCAGCAGUUCGUUGUUACCACCCCUUUACUCAUUCAGUGUCACUGGGCUAGUAGAUUCUUGGUGAAAUGGCAUCACUCUAGGGAGGUUUUGCAGCAGAGUGGAGCAAUUAACACACUUGCAAGCUGGAUUCUGUACACUUUAAAAUUUGAAAUGAAUGCUCAAAAGCCCAGUACAUAGGCUGAUGCAGCCUUGCCAAAGAUACUCCCACAAAUGAUAUCUCCCAGCUGGGCACUUUAUGAUUGAAUGAGUCUUAUCACUUCUGUGGCACAUUCAAUUGUUAAAGAUAAAGAUAGCAGAAUGAACCCCAGGAGCACAUGCAGAGAGCAUGUUAGACUUCAGCCUUUGAAACAGAUGCAUUUCACUUUUUUCUGCUCAAAAGUCCAGCUCUCACUGUGAUGGCAGGGUGACAGAUGAAUAUCACUUCCAUUCUUUUCUGAAAGAAGGCCUUUUCAGAAGUUUCCACAUAUAUACGUACAAUGUCAUACUAGUACUCCAGAACGCUUUGGACUCAGAUAUAAAGCCUACUGACAUAUUUGGAAAGUCUGCUGACAUAUUUUCAUUGAUCUGAAGGGUAGAAGGCUUAAACCUAAAGCCUCAAACAAUAGUUUGCAUCUGGUCUUAAAUAUACAGUAACCUUUUUGUAAUCUUGCUCCUCUUCAGCUACUUUCAGUUUGGCAUUUCCAGUUUGGCACCCACUCUGAAAGGGUACAUCCCUCUUCAAACACCUCUAUUCUACUCCUAAUUCUUCUUCAUCUUCUCCACUUGGUUCUUCUGAUAGUCAAAUACUACAGCUCUUUGGUUCCAGCAUUUCAUCCUAGUUUGCACUGGGAAUAGGGUUACUGUGUGUUGCCAGCUUGCAAAUCACUGCAGUUUAUGCUAGGGAAAUUUAAUUUUUCUCCCAGCUAGCACAUCCAUAGUUAUUUUUAUUUUUAAGUAUGGUUAAAAGAUAGGAGAAGGUGUUUCUGGUGCUGGGUUGGUGCCAGUGUUCCCUGUAACAGGGAUUUCCGGAUGUUGUUGACUACAACUCCCAUCAUCCCCAGCUGUAGUGGCCAUUGGUUGGGGAUGAUGGGAGUUGUAGUUGACAACAUCUGGAAAUCCCUGUUACAGAGAACAUUGCUUGGAGCUAGCACAUGAAUAGCACUAGACAUAAGUUGCCUUCUAGAUUGUGACUGCGAGGGAUCCUAACAUAGUUUUUCUACAAAACAGAUAAUCUAUCUAUGUGGUCGCUAAGGGACAAUACCAACUUGACUUAAUUAAUCACAAGAACACAGUGAGUAGAAGAAAUGGUUUCAUUUCUGAUCUCCAUAUUUUGAAAGGGAUGGUAAGAAGCUGAGUAGAAUGAAAGAAGAAGUUAUGUACACAAAUAGUGCAAAGGCUGGAAAAUACACAGAAACUAAAGAGUUCAUCUUGACUUAACUUCAUUUGAAGCAAGAGGAAGUAAUGGCUAAACAUAAAGAACAGGGGAAGAGCCCUGCUGGAUCAUGCCAAGGUGUGCUGUUUCUGGCAAGGGCUAGUCAGAUGCCUUUAGGAAACCCACAAGGAAACUUAUUUACUAUGUUUCACAAACAGUGACUAAAGAAAAUCUAAUUCUCUCCAGAAUGAUCUGUCUUCAACUUGGCCUUUUAGGUCUCUCAGUAGUCCAUUCAUUGCUAUCAUAAUCGAGUCCAUCCACCAUGCUGCUGGUCAUCCUCUUCUUCUCUUCAACUUUUCCCAGCAUUAUGGACUUCUCAAGGGAGCUUGGUCUUCGCAGUGUUCAAUUCCCUCCCCUUCCUCCUUAAUACUUUCAACCGUCCUGCCUGACAGUCUUCAGGAGAAGGACAAAUGAUUCCUUGCUUGCAUUUACCAAUCUUCAUAUCACUGGUACAUAAUCGCCUAUCUUCAUGUGUAACCAUUAACAUUCUUCACUUUCUUGCAGUCAGGGAUACUCUAUACAGAGAAAUUCCCCAGUGCUAACAAAAAUAAAGAAUACUCCCCUCAAACAACAAAUGUAACUCUUUGUUCCUCUGCUGGUUUCAGUUUCUGUGUCUCCAUAACUGUUGCACUUAGAAGUAUCCAAAACUAUUCCAUUUUAGCCUACUCACUUGCAUUUAGUCCCAAAGCACGAAUGCAUGAUUUCUCAUACCACUUGCAGAUCUUUCCUGCUACAAGUAACCUAAAUGACUCUUGAUCGAUUUCUCACUCAUUGCUCUUUCAGUGUCAAAGCUCAUGUCUGGAAAUAAUCCCCUCUGAGGGGUUUCACAAAGAGACUGGAUAAAUUGACUUUUUGCACACUAGGCAAGGAAUUAGUUUUGAGUCUUAAAUUUAUUCCCCCAGUCUGAAUAAAACAAUGGCCAUUUGACUUCAGAUGCACGCUUUUUGCUGCAAGAUUUAAAUAGAUAACUAGACCCUUCAUGUCUGUCAUAUAUCACAGAUCCCUCACUAUACAAGCCUCAGGCUUCCAGAUCUUUUAGGGUUGCUUGCAACAUGCAAGUCAGAUAUAGCAUGGAAAACAUUCAGAUAACUAGGAUGCAUUUAGCACAUCCAACUCACUUUUCCCAGUAUACCUGUGAGGGCCACUUCCACUCCGACCUAAUAUUGAAACACAUCUCCAGUUGCCUUGGAUAACCUGCCACUGGGAAUACUUAUGCUUUCUGAAAGUACAUUAUUGGAGUCAUGUUAUCAUUAGUGGGAGAGCUGGAUGUGUGAUAGAGCUGGAAGUAGCAUUCAUGCAUACAGAAAAAAUGCUUGGAAUGUGGAGAGUGCUCUGUCAAAUCUACCUUCACUCAUUUGGAUUUACUUUGUUCAUUGUGCGAUGAAAACAUUUAGAAAACUGAAUUACCGUUUUUCCACAAACCUUACCUUUCUCCCUGAAUCUGGUGGGCCACAGUGUGAAACAGAAUGCUGGACUAGAUGGGCCUUGAGCCUGAUCCAGCAGGGCUGUUCUUAUGUUCUUAAUACAUUUGUACAGAAAGGUUGGCUCAGCAAAGGAGCCACUUUUAACUCACUGCCUUGAACUUCAGUCUACAGACUUCUGUAAGUAUGCCCUUGCAAACUGGAAUAAUGUUCUUGUCCUCUCUCUUGCUGCUUUUCAUGUUUCAGCAAUUUUAAAAUCUGCUUUUCCUCUUUGUGGAGAAGGACAUCCAGAGUGAGUUUUGGUAAUUAGCAGAUUUUAAUAGCUCCAGUUUCUUGCCCUACUUGCUUUUGAGACAGGCACUGACUUGGAGGUUGCUCUGGGUCCUGGUCUUCACAGCAUAAUUACAUAGGAAAUCUUUCUUUCUCACUCUGUGCCAGGAAACAGAGGGACACAUCUGCCAAAUAAAUAAAUAAAUAAAUAAAUAAAAUUAAAUAAAAUGUCUUUGACCGGAAUCAGAUCCAAAUGCCUUCCCUCUGGGCCAAGAAGGCAAACAGGCCUGCAAGACCUUUGGAGGGAAAUUGCCAAAGUUACCUCUUUUCACAAGGAGACCUCAAAGCAGAUUCAAAAACCUGUAGCAGCACUGGAACACAAUGCAGUCACCAGGGGGAGUUAGCUGGUCACUCAUUUGUAGCUACUGUCAGCUUCCUAGUGGUGGGAAGGAAAGAGGCACUGUUAGGGCAUUGCUUCUCCCUUCUUGUGCCCCCUCCCCCAUCACCAGUGCGCCCUCCUCAGUACCACAUCAUCUGCACGCUUCCACGCAAGCAAUUUGUGGGAUGAUGGGGUAAAGAUCUUUUCAUGGAAAUGAAACUGUGCUCAUAGCUCAGUGGCAGAGCACAUGCUCUGUAUGCAGAAGGUCCCAGGUUCACUCCCUGGCAUCUCCAGUUAAAGGAUCUCAGGUAGUGGCGCUAAAAGUGAAGCCCUUGGAGCACUGCUGCCUACUGCUGCCUCGCAGAGUAAGAUAAUGAUGGACAAAUGGUAUGACUCCGUAUAAGACAGAUUCAUAUGUUCAUCUCCUCUUUAAGAUUGCAAUGCAUGGUUGCUCCAUCCCCUGGGCUCUUCCAGCCAGCAAUUAACUGUGCAUUGAAAAGUGCUUGUGAGUAUGUUGAAAACGAGAGCUUACUCAGCAUCCAGACACUCUUGCAGACUCCUGUUGCCUUUUCCGAUGCUAUCUCACACACAGGUCAGGUCACGUGCCAGCAGGGAUCUCACGCGAUUUUGCAGCGCCACAGCUUGCAAGUGAGUGAUAUACUUACUCUCACAGACUACUGUUGUCUUUUCCAGCACGAUGACCUGCCCAGGCCAGCAGGAGCUUGCAUGAUUUCCAAAGCGGCACCUGCUGGCCAGCUCUUGCUUUCAGUGAUUAACACACCACUUUUGAAUACUACUAUUCUGUAGGGAUGUGCGGAACGUUUUGAUGGCAAAAUGUUUUGACUUAAAAAAUAAAUAAAAGGUUUGACGUUUUGAGAGCCAUUUUGGAGGCCUGUUUUUCCACUGCUGAUUGAUUUUCUGGCACUGGCUUCCAGUUGGCUUGCAAUCUCAAUGCUUCUUGGUUGGCUUGUUAUCCUACAGCUGGGUCCCCAUUGCCUGGGUGGAAAGAGGAGGGAGGGGGACACAAGAGGUGGGCGUUUCCAAAUGUAUUCAAAGGGACUGGGAGGCAGAGAGAGCCCUUAUACUGUGUCUCUCUUGAAGAAGAGGAUACACCAAGAGAGGAGGUUUGAUUUUGUGGUUUUCUUUUCUCAGCGCCUAGUAUAAUAUGCUGUGCUAUGUGCUAUCUGGCUUUGCUGGAUCUCAGAUUGACAAAGGCAGAACUUGAGGGCCUGCCUUCCUUGAGUUGUAGUUUGUUAAGUUUGAGAGGUAGUGUUGCAGCAAGAAAUGGGCAGUGGCAACUCUUUGUGUAUGUGUGUGUGUGUGAUAUUUAUUGGAGAUUGCUGUGAUGCUCCAUGUGUGGCCUUGGGACUAACGUACGCUUCACUCACUACUCUGGUCUGCUCUGCAAUCUGCAUUUACUGCAAGGUGUACUCAGUCAAAAAUGUGGCUGAAAUUGCUUUAGUUGAACUUAUGGCUAUGUCUGCUGCUAAGUAAUGGUGCUGCUGUGGCAGCUCUUGCAAUGCUAAGAAGUAACAUAAGGAGUCAUAAUUGUGUGUGAGAGAGCAACUUGGGCCAAUGAUGUUACUGCAGCAUCAGCACUGUGGUUGUGGCUGGCAGUGGAUCCUGAGUCAGUGAUUCUUUUUUGGCCAUUUUUGGACUGUGUUUGAAAUGUGUGUUCUGUGUUGUUGGGAGGGACAGAUUCCCUUUUACUGUGUGCUUCUGCAGUUUUUCAAGGCAGGGUUGCAAAAUGCAUUGCCAAUUGUAGUGCAAAACCUGUAUGCACUGUGAGUGCAGCUUGUUCCAGACAUAGGGUAUAGGGAAAUGGUAACUCCCCAUUGUUCCUCAUGGGCAAGUCCUAGGCACACCAAAGUGGGUUGUGUGGUAGGGCAUAAUGGGUGCUACCUACCUCCCAAGCACAAAAGAAAUGGGCAAGCGGACGGUUUUAAACAAAAUUUUAACCUAUGGGGGUUUGGGGGAAAGGUUGAUUUUGUUUUUAAUUUUUUAUUUGCUAAAAACCACCCCCAUGCCCAUUUCCUUUGUGGGUUGGGUGGUAGGUAGCACCCAUUAUGCCCUACAAUGCAACCCACUUUGGUGUCCCUAAAAGCUACCUAUGGGGAACAAUGGGGUAUUUCAAGUUUCCCCAUUGUUUCCUAUGGCCAGAACAUUCAAAACGUUUCAAGUUGUUUCGUCAAAACAGCUGGCUAGAUCGUUAUUUUCAGUGAAACAUUUUGGCCAAUUGUAUUUCGUUUCGAGCUCAAAACAGAACACAAAAUCUGUUUCGUGCACAUCCCUACUUUUCUGGCAAACAGGAACAAAGGUGAAAGCAAGAGCUGGCCAGCAGAUGGCACUGCAGGAAUUGUGCAAUGUCACUGAUGACUGUGUGGCCUGUGCAUGAGAUCACACCAGAAAAGACAAUGGGAGCCUGUGAGUGUCUAGAUGCUGAAUAAGCUCUCACUUUCAACUUACAAGCUCUUUUCAAAGCACAAUUUAUUGCUGUCUGGAAGAGUAUCGUGUUUCAUAACCAAACAAUAUCUAUUGGGAAAGAAUGUUACGUCCAACAUCAAAUGCUAUUAAUAUGGAAUAUGUGCUAUAAAAAAGAAAUCUGUCCUAAUGGAAAACUGUGAUGUGUUCCAUGUGAACUAUUUUCUCGGUGUUGUCUAAAUGGUUAAAGGGUUGGAUUAGGUUUUGUGCGAUCUAGAUUUAAGGGCCAGUUCAGCAUUAAGUAGCCUGUUUCUUGGUCUCAAAUAAGCAUCUGUAAAAAGGGGAAUAAUGAUCCUGUGAAGUGCUCAUGGCUAUGGUAAUGGAAUAUGGGAGAAAAUUGCUAGAAGUAUAUUAAAUAGUUAUCUGCUACUCCCAGGAUUAUUUCAAUCAGAUGGUUUCCCUCUGCAAUCUCUCCCCAUAUAUUUUAUGUCUGAUAGAGGGAGACAAUGAGCUCCCUCAUAUAAACUGUAGUGAUGAAAGGUCAUUUUCACUUUACAGUAUGUAUUAAUCUCUGGGAAUGCAAAACAAGUUAAUGAGCUACAUUGGUAUGAAUAUGACAAUCCCAGCUCACUUUAGACUUUGUGCAAAUUGUCCUUGGGCCUGUUGCUUGUUCCCUUUUAUCUAGUUUUCCACCUGAAUCCACACCUCUGUUGUGCCUUUGUUGCUUUGUUGAGAUGCAAGCAAAGGACACAGCAUCAAGUGGUUUUCUUUCCUUCUCUCCAUGUGCUGCCACGUGACUUCCCUUAUGAAGUGCAGGAGAUGGCUCUUGCAACCAGUUCACAUCUUUCAUGUCAUUAGCCUUGGCCAAAUUUCCUAAGUGUCCUCACCUCCCUCAGGUUGUCUUAACAAGUGCCAAUAGCAAUGCCUCAUUUGUCUAAAGCAGACUGUUCUCAGCACCUGUGGCAUUCAUAGAAGCCAUCCUGUUGGAAGAGAUUGUUAAUCCCUCUAGACUGGUCAUUUGUCCUGGUCAGAGGGCAAACCUGAAGACGGCAUGUAUAUCGCUCAAUACAUGUACAUGUUCAAUUGCAAACCAGAUGUAGAACGUCCAUGUUCAACCCCUGAUAGUUGGCAGCAGUUUUCUUUGAAAAGAGCAAUGCUGACUGUGUUCUGUGAAGGUACAUCAUAUAAUAACCUCCUCUCUGAGUUGUGCUGCAUUAGUUUUUGGAGCAACUCCCUUCCAAAGCCAGACGGUUUUACCAGGUUGUUGCACCUUUUUCCUGCUUUGACCCCCUGUUUCAGUUUUCUACUAAACUUGACUAUGUCCUUUGUAGUAUAAGUUGUUUCUUGGCACUAGGGGGUGCUAUCAAGCUCUUAUGUUCCAGAAAAAGUAGACAAUUGGACACUGGCUGAGAUGAUUUUGAAAAGUCAAUAUAAUGCACUGCAAACAAAAAGCUUCCUUAACAUUUAUUGGGGCUUCACAUAUCUGUUGUUUAUCACAAUGACAGUGAGGCCCAAGUGUUCAGAAUCAUGAACUGCUACAUGGGAUGCUACUGGAGGGUGCCAAGCACCAUGAUAAUAUUCAGACUGACUUAUUGGUACUUAAAUGCAUGGUCCGUCUUGUAUUUGCCCAGUUUGGACGUGUUGUGCAUACACAUGGGAGAUACAAAUGAUGGAGCACUGCCACACACAUGAUCAUGUCUUAAUCUUCAUAUCAGCACAAAGGUGAUAUGGUGCCUGCUGGCAGACACAGCUUGCAGAGGAGUGUCUUUCCUGAGAUCACAACAUAAUAGCCUGCACGUACUCCCCUCUCCCAAGCUGCUAUAGUUCUAGAAAAAGGUCUUUUAAGCAAGAAACUCAUACCCCAGUUCUGUUGGUUUUAUGAAAUGAUGCCCAUCAAUCACUUACUGGUGGUGAGAUGCUCUUCACCACCCAUGCCUUCAGAAUGCUGGGCAUGGUGGGAGGGAUGAUGUUUUUUACAAUCCUUUCAAUGAGCUUGAAUUUAUGUUGGUACAUCUGCAAUGUGAAAUGCCUGCCUGGUCUCCAGAUUCAUAUGCAGGGGGCAAGAGCCGAGGUAGUGUUCUCUUUAUGCCCUAAUAUGCUCACUUCCCUUGUGUGGGUGGAGCACACUUAUGUGGAAUCAGUAUUGUAGAGCACUCAGUUUUGUGUAUGGAAUCUUGGGCUCUUGCCUGUAUGAGAGGCAUUACCAAAUGUUUUUUUGCUAUUCUGCAAAGUUUGUGUACAGAAAAUUACUUUCCUCCCCUUCCUUUCAACAGCGGACACAACCUCUUUCUGUAUGAACGUCUCACUGCUUGUACCCUUCAUCCUUUUUAAAAUCUCUUCUGCUGGGGCACAUUGGAGCCAGGCAUUUACCAGUGAACUCACAUUUCUUGAUUGUUUUGAAGUCAGACUCUUCUUCCCUUGAUGGGAGAAAAAUGACAGGUCUCCACCUUAUGCCUUUGAUCCAGAAGUCCUCCGAUUCCUUCUCAUGGAUUCUAGAAAGCCUUUGUAUGCAAUCACUGGAGGGGCAGCAAAGGGUCCUUGUGUUUGCUGUCUCUUGCAAAGUCAUCCAUUACCCUUUCCAGGAAUGCUGUCUGUUGGAUCCCUGCUCUGAUUUGCCCCAGCAUGAAGGCUGUAGGGAACUCCAAGCACUCUACACGUGCCAUUCUCAUGUGACUUUUUUACCUAUGUAUGAAAGAUCUGAACUAAUAUUGCUGUAAAGAAAGAUACAAAUUAUUAUAGCCUAUUAUAUAAAGAUAUAUGUAUAUAACA